CUGAUAGUUGCCAUGAGGUUGUCGUACGAAGGUGAUGGUGUUCGUGAUGCCCAACUUUGGAACAGAUAUACCAGUACAGAAUUAAAAUAAUGACAUUUUCUCGUAAGUCGAUAACUUAAAAAAGGUGAAAGACGUUGUCAGCUAUUCGUGUGGAACUGUACUAUCCUGUCUAAGCGAACGCUUUUUUCAGGUAGCCAGAACACACUUAAAUUUUAACAUGGGAAAAAAGAAGAAGAGCCGUCAACAAGACCCAUCAUUGCAAAAUGGAGCUGAUUCAACAGAUUCUAAUGAUGAAAAUCAGGCUAGUGCUACAGGUGGUAAGUGCUGUCCCCAUGUGACAAAAGCAGUUGAUUUCACAAGAGUGAAGAAGGCACUGAAACCAGGAGGCAUAGCGAGUGAAUGUGCAGAAUGUCUAAAGAGUGGUGCUGGGGCAACGGUAUCAACUGAUGGAACACAGGAUUCUGGUUCCAUGGGAGGCCUGUGGCUCUGCCUCCGCUGUGGGCAUCAGGGCUGCGGACGUAUGCGAGCACAGCAUGCCCUCAAGCACCAACGGACCCCCCACUCGGACAGCCAUGCCCUCGCAGUCAACACAGAGCAGUGGAAGAUUUGGUGUUAUGAAUGUGACACAGAAAUAGAUCCAGUCUGCAGGAAGAAAGUACAUGAAUGUGUCGAGUUCCUGAAGCGUCUAGAAUGUCCAAAGCCAGCAAAGGAGCCACAUUUAAAUGGUGAUGUUAACAUGGUUAAUGAACCAGAUACGAACCAACCACUUUCAGAUGUAACAAACACUAUUGCAGUAGUGGCUUCGUCUGUUGAACAAAUAAGGAAGGCCGUAUUGAAUGAUCUGCCGAGAGUGAGAGGUUUGAAAAAUCUGGGAAAUACUUGCUUCUUCAAUGCUGUCCUGCAGUGCCUAGCUCAAACACCCUUCUUGCUGCCCGUCCUGGAGGAAAUGAAAGAAGCAGGUGCGAAAUUCCAGCUACCAGGGGGUGCCCACCCACUGCUGGAAAAUGAAGAAAAAUUGCCUCCACUGGAAGGUGAUCUAUGCAAGUGGCGGGAACUGACAGAGUUGCUGGUUGACAUACUGCACCAGCUCCGGUCAGGCCGAGUUGAAAUACUAGAUCCCCGGCAGCUGCUCGAUAAACUAUCUCAGCGCUGUCCACAGUUUGCUGGCGGUGAUCAGCAUGAUGCACAUGAAUUACUCAGACACUUGCUUGAAGAAGUACGCACCGAAGACCUUAAGCGCUACCAGAAGACUAUCAUGGCAAAAUUAGGACUGUCACCAAAAACAGAUCCAGCAUCAGUGGAUGAGGAGGUGAAGAAGAAAGCAAAAGUGUAUGGCAUGCAGGCACAGGAGCUAGUGCUGCAUCCAGAACAGGUGUUCAAGGGGCAUCUGGUGAGCACCCUGGAGUGCCAGGACUGUCUCCACCAUUCUCAACGGAUUGAGAGCUUUCUCGACCUCAGUCUGCCCAUUAAUAGCGAUAAGCCUCAGCCUCCAGCAGUGAGGAAAAAGAACAGCAUGGAAUCAUUUGAUUUCGGUGGGAAUUCUACAGACGAUCACCCUUCAAAACAUCAGCUGAAAAAAGAACGAAGAAUGCAGCGUAAAGCCAGAAAAAUAAAGAAAGGAUUUAAUGCUGAUCCACACAAAGCUGAACCAACAAUAGCAGAGGAAACAAACAGCAAAAGGAAUUCCGGAGAGUCAGAGCACAGUGAUGCUGAUGUAGAAGAUAACUUGGAGCAAGAAGCAACACUGGCACCAGGGCAGAAUGGAGAGUCUGGCUACAGCUCAGAGAAGGCAGAUGUGGGUCGGGAGGACUCGGGAGGUUCAAGCCCCAUUUUGGGCGCUCCACUGCUCUGUGAUGAGUAUGCUGAUUACAAUGACGAUGAGCACAUUGUAGUGGGGCCAUUGCUCAACAAUGGUGAUUCAGCAUUAGCCAGCCCUGGGUCUCCAACUGCUUGUGCAAGAGAAGCUGACCCGUUGUCCAUCAUACCACUUCCUCCACCACCACCACACUCACCUUCACCAACACUGUCACUUCCGGGGCGGUCUGAGCUGACACUCUCACUGCCACAGAUAAUCCCUCUGCCUCCACCACCUGCAUCUUCACCAACAGGAGCACCCAGUCCUGCCUCCUCUGAUGUCAGUGUGGAAGUUGCAUGUGGCAGCCCCGUGCCGGAUAUGGGUUCGGCUGACUUUGCUGAUCUGGAGGAUAGGCCGUUCUCUCGCUUUGGAUUCCGUGAGGCAGAUGACAUGCUGCCCACACCCAACCAGUCAGUCGGAGAAGAGACACCCGUUGUGGACAUCUGCAGUGGAAUUGGCACUCUGUCUUUGAGCCCUGGCGGUGCAGCUGGUGAUGAGACAGGUGCUGUUCUGAAUGGUGUAACAAGCUGUACACCAUCUCCCAUCCUAUCACCACCAUCACCUGAGGGAGCAGAUGAAUAUGAUACCAAAAAUCGAACUCUUGCACCACGGUAUCAGUGUGCAGAGGGAGAGUGUUCAGUGCUCUCCUGCUUGAACCAGUUUACUGCAAUUGAGCUGAUGACUGGUAACAACAAAGUGGGCUGUGUGAACUGCACCCAGAGGCACAACAAAGGAAAAGAGGGUAAGAUGGUGUGCACAAACUCCACAAAACAACUACUGAUCAGCAGCCCACCAGCAGUGCUGAUCUUGCACCUCAAAAGGUUCCAAGUUCAUGUGAACACAUUGCGGAAGAUCACUCGCCAUGUUACGUUUCCACUGGUUUUGGACCUUGCACCUAUUUGUUCCACAAAAUCUAAGGAGUCUCCAACUGUGAGGCCAGAUCAAAAUCAAAUAAUGUAUUCUCUGUAUGGCGUAGUGGAACACAGCGGAACACUUCAUGGAGGGCAUUAUGUUGCAUUUGUCAAGGUGCGACCAACACUAUCGGAAGAUGAUUACCGUUGGUCAUUUGUCCCCACAUCACAAGGCUCCCACAGAAAUAAAUCUCAGGCAAUGAAGAGCCAAGCACAAGGCACUGCAGAAGGUGGAACGUUCACUCCGCCACCAGGUCGCUGGUAUUAUGUCAGUGACUCUAGAGUGAGAGAAGUUGAAGAAGAGGUUGUGAUGCGCAGUCAGGCAUAUAUGUUGUUUUAUGAGCGCAUUUGGUAGCAGGUGAAGACUGUGUGUUUGUGAGUUCUUCAGUGGUGUGCAAGGUGAUGGCAUUUAUUUGCCAGCGUGUAUCAAUUAUUUUGUUGGAAGAUAUUUAUUUGUUAUAAUGAUUUAGUUCUAUGAAU